UUCUUCUUCUUCUUCUUCUUCUCUCUUCUCCUCUCUCCUCUCUUCUGAAUGCAUAAACGAGUGACCAGAGCUCUCUGCUGCGUCUUGUGAUCAGUAUCGCUGUGCGUGCGAGCUCAUCACUGUCACAAAACCCAGGUAUACGGCCCACCCAAAAAAAAAAGACCAUCCGGUAGUGUCUCUUGAAGCCGGAACCCUCCACUCUUUUGGAGCAAGAAGAAAAUUUACAGCUAUCAUCCAGCUGCCUACACUCUGUAUAGUAACAUCAUCCUCCUUCUCAUCGUCGGACGACACUAGCCAUCAUGUCCGACAUCACUCCUCCCACUUCCCCUCGUCCCAUCUCUGUCCCGGCUUCUCAAUCCCCUCAACAAUCUACGAAACCUCGACCAGUGAUCACUCGAGCCCCGGCGACUCUCCAUCCAACGACAACCUUUCCUCCUGGUUCAUUGCACCCCCCAGCAACACUGAAAGGUAUCGACGCUGAUGGCUCCUACGCUGAAGAAUGGGACGACUCGCUCGCUUCGGCGGAUAUGGUCCUUGAGCUCGCUGAUGGUCUCGCUCUCGCUGGUCACUCAUUUGGAGCAAAGAAAUCAAUCGCCGGAGAAUGUGUUUUCCAGACGGGAAUGGUCGGAUAUCCUGAAUCCUUGACGGACCCUUCAUACUCUUCUCAGAUCCUGAUCCUCACCUACCCCUUGGUCGGCAACUAUGGUGUGCCCGAGAGACCUGCGCACCCAUCCGUCCCUAACGGUGACGAGACUUCCAACGCUGUCCCGCCUCCUACCGACUUGCUGGACUCCCUGCCAUUGGAGUUUGAAUCGUCCAAGAUUCACGUUGCCGCACUCGUAGUGGCCAACUACCACCCUUCCUUCUCUCACCACCUCGCCAACUCUAGUCUCAGUCAAUGGCUCAAGGAACAGGGCGUUCCUGCCAUCUGGGGUGUAGACACUCGAAUGCUCACCAAGAAGAUCCGAGAGGGUGGUGUCUUGCUCGGUCGAGUCUUGGCUAGAGAUUCGACAGACGGUGCUCGAGGUCGAGAACCUGGCGUUCUUGGCGGAGUCCACAGAUUGCUCAAUGGUCUAUCCGGCGGAUCUUCCUCCUUGACUCGAUCUGUCUCGACUGACAACUUGUCAACCACGAACUGGAAGGAAGACUACCAGACUGUCCCGUUCGUCGACCCCAAUGGCGAAAACCUCGUUGCCAAGGUGUCCACUGUCCGGCCCACUCUCUACACUGCCAGCACUGGAUCAGAGGUCAAGGUCAAUCCGAAAACUGGCAAGACAUUGCGAGUCCUUGCUGUGGAUGUCGGAAUGAAGUGGAACCAAAUCCGAUGCUUCAGAGAGCGCGGAGUCGAAGUCAAGGUUGUCCCAUGGAACUACGACUUUAAUGCCGAGCCAGAGCACUAUGACGGUCUCUUCAUUUCCAACGGUCCCGGUGAUCCAUCUAUGGUCACCGAGACAGUCGCCAACCUCUCCAAGGCCAUCACUGCGGCCAAAGUACCCAUCUUUGGAAUCUGUCUCGGUCAUCAACUCCUGGCCCUCGCUUCUGGAGCUUCGACCCGAAAGAUGAAGUACGGAAACCGAGGUAUGAACUUGCCUUGUACCUGCGCGCCCUCUGGUCGAUGCUACAUCACCUCGCAGAAUCACGGAUACGAGGUCGAUGUAUCGACCCUCAAGAACGGCUGGGAGCCAUUGUUCACCAACGCCAACGACGGCAGCAACGAGGGUAUCUGGAUGGGCAAGGGGGGCAAACCCUUUUUCUCAACCCAAUUCCACCCCGAGUCAGCCCCAGGUCCACGAGACACUGAAUUCCUUUUCAACGUUUUCAUCAAGAGCAUGCUCGACUCCGCCGCCGCCGGAAAACUCGUCCCCAUCGAAAUCCCUGGCGGCGAGGUAGCUGCCAACUUGGCUGCACGACCACGGGAACAGGUCAAAAAGGUCUUGGUCCUUGGAUCUGGAGGUCUGUCAAUCGGUCAAGCGGGAGAGUUUGACUAUUCAGGAUCGCAAGCCAUCAAGGCCUUGAAGCAGGAAGGUAUCUACACCAUCUUGGUCAAUCCAAAUAUUGCCACCAUCCAGACUUCCAAAGGUCUCGCUGACAAGGUCUACUUCUUGCCUGUCACACCCGAAUUUGUGCUUCGAAUCAUCAAGCACGAGAAACCUGACGGUAUUUACUGCACAUUCGGUGGCCAGACCGCACUGAACGUCGGUAUCAAGCUGAAGGACGAAUUCUCCAAACUCGGUGUCAAAGUUCUGGGAACACCCAUCGAAACGAUCAUCGUGACUGAGGACCGUGAACAUUUUGCACGAGCUAUGGAAGAGAUUGGCGAAAAGUGCGCAGAAUCUGCUACGGCUGUCAAUCUUGCCGAGGCUGUUGCCGCAGCGAAGAAGAUUGGAUUCCCAGUCAUUGUUCGAGCCGCCUACGCUCUCGGAGGUCUUGGAUCUGGUUUCGCGCAAGACGAAGAGCAGCUCACCGAAUUGUGUGGCAAGGCCUUUGCCAUCUCUCCUCAGGUUCUCGUCGAGAAGAGUAUGAAGGGAUGGAAAGAAAUCGAAUACGAAGUCGUUCGAGAUUGCCAAGACAACUGUAUUACCGUGUGUAACAUGGAGAACUUUGAUCCUCUCGGUAUUCACACCGGAGACUCGAUCGUUGUCGCCCCGUCUCAAACCUUGUCAGAUGCCGACUACAACAUGCUGAGGACCACUGCAGUCAAUGUCAUCCGACACCUGGGUGUGGUUGGAGAGUGUAACAUCCAAUACGCCCUCAACCCUCAUUCCAAGGAAUACUGCAUCAUCGAAGUCAACGCUCGUCUUUCUCGAUCGUCUGCAUUGGCAUCCAAGGCCACCGGAUACCCAUUGGCCUUCAUCGCUGCCAAGCUUGGUCUCAACAUCCCUUUGAACGAGAUCCGAAACUCUGUCACCAAGCUCACUUCGGCCUGUUUCGAGCCUUCUCUCGACUAUUGUGUCGUGAAGAUCCCUCGAUGGGACUUGAAAAAGUUCAGCCGCGUCUCGACUGCCCUCAGCAGUUCCAUGAAAUCCGUCGGAGAAGUCAUGGCUAUCGGCAGAACUUUCGAAGAGACCAUCCAAAAGGCUAUCAGGUGUAUCGACGAUCAGUUCCCUGGAUUCGGCGAGCACUUGCAGAUCGAAGACAUUGACUACGAGCUCCAAAACCCGACCGAUAAGCGGUUGUUCGCCAUUGCUUCAGCCUUCAAGAGAGGGUACUCGGUUGAUAAGAUCAAUGCCAUGUCUAGCAUUGACAAGUGGUUCCUGACCAGAUUGGAAAGGUUAUCCAAAACCGAGGACAUUGUUGCCCAAUACACCGCCACCAACGUUCCGUCUGCGCUCAUUCGCAACUCCAAGCAGAUCGGUUUCUCUGAUCGCCAGAUCGCCAAGGCCCUCGGAUCUAACGAGCUCGCCGUCCGACGACUCCGAGUGGAAGCUGGUAUCACUCCCUUCGUGAAGCAGAUUGAUACCGUCGCUGCCGAGUUCCCGGCCUACACAAAUUACCUGUACACGACGUACAACGCUAGCGAACACGAUGUCGACUUCGUCGACAACGGAGUCAUGGUCCUUGGAUCCGGUGUGUACCGUAUUGGAUCGUCCGUCGAAUUCGAUUGGUGUGCAGUCCGAGCUAUCCGAACGCUCCGAGAAAAUGGCUUCAAGACGGUCAUGGUCAAUUAUAACCCUGAAACCGUAUCCACGGAUUACGACGAAGCGGACAAGCUCUACUUUGAGAACAUUUCCCUCGAGACCGUCCUGGAUAUCUACGACCUCGAACGAUCGAGCGGUGUCGUCCUGUCCAUGGGAGGUCAGACUCCCAACAACAUUGCUCUGAACCUUCACCGACAGAGCGUCAAAAUCUACGGAACCUCGCCCGAAAUGAUCGACACCGCUGAGAACCGAUACAAAUUCUCGCGAAUGUUGGACAAAAUCGGUGUCGACCAACCUCUCUGGAAAGAGCUUACUUCGUUUGACGAAGCUCAAGCGUUCUGUGACAAGGUCGGAUACCCCGUCUUGGUGCGACCUUCGUACGUUCUCUCUGGAGCCGCCAUGAAUGUCGUCUUCUCCCAAGAUGACUUGGCCAACUAUCUCACGCAAGCGACCGAUGUCUCUCGUGACCAUCCAGUCGUCAUUUCCAAAUACAUUGAAGAGGCCAAGGAAAUCGAGAUGGACGCCGUGGCAAGGGACGGAAAGAUGGUGAUGCACUACAUCUCUGAGCACGUUGAGAAUGCCGGUGUCCACUCUGGUGACGCUACCCUCAUCCUGCCUCCCCAGGACUUGGAUCCUGAGACGAUUGCCAAGAUCGAAGUGGCCACCCAAAAGAUCGGUCAAGCUCUCAACGUCACUGGACCUUACAACAUUCAGUUCAUCGCCAAGGACAAUGAAAUUAAGGUCAUCGAGUGCAACCUGCGAGCUGCUCGAUCUUUCCCCUUCGUCUCCAAAGUGACCGGUAUCGACGCCAUCGAAAUCGCUACGAAGGUCAUGAUGGGAUUGUCAGUGACGCCCUAUCCUGACGCAAAAUUGCCUGCCAACUAUGUCGGUGUCAAGGUCCCUCAGUUCUCUUUCAGUCGAUUGUCUGGCGCCGACCCGAUUUUGGGUGUCGAAAUGGCCUCGACCGGAGAAGUCGCUUGCUUUGGCAAGGACAGAUAUGACGCUUACCUCAAGGCUCUCAUCUCUACUGGUAUCCGUCCUCCCAAGAAGAACAUCCUUCUCUCUAUUGGAUCGUACAAGGAGAAAAUGGAAAUGCUGCCUUCGGUCCACAAGCUUCACCGAAUGGGAUACAAUCUGUUCGCUACGGCAGGAACGUCCGACUUUUUCCAAGAACACGGCAUUCCCGUCAAAUACCUCGAAGCGCUCGGAUCAGAAGACGAAGUCAACCCUCAGAAGGCUGAGUACUCCUUGACUCAGCAUUUGGCGAACAAUUUGAUCGAUUUGUAUAUCAACUUGCCUUCCAAGAACAGGUUCAGACGUCCCGCCAGUUACCUCUCGAAGGGCUACCGAUCCCGUCGAAUGGCCGUCGACUUUGCUGUGCCUCUGAUCACCAACGUCAAAUGCGCCAAGCUGUUCAUCGAGGCUAUCAUCAGAAAGCCAACAUUUGACGUGGCGACUGUGGAUUACAAGACUUCGCACGAGACCCAUACUUUCCCGAGCUUGAUCUCCAUCUCGACGUUCGUGCCCGGUGCUGCUGAAAGUGGAUCAUCCGACUUCCUCGAAGCCACCAAGGCCGCUAUUCGAGGUGGAUUCACAGCGAUCCAAAUGCUCCCUCGAGGUGUCAACUCGAUUGUCGCCGAUGAGAUCUCUCUUCAGCGAGCCCAGUCGAACGCAUCUCGACAAGCCCAUUGCGACUACUUCUUUGCCGUCGCUGCGACCCCAGACAACGCCUCGAGAUUGUCAGACGCCGUUGACGCUGGAGCCAAAGUCUUGUUUAUCUCCUUCAAGGGGACUGGGAACAAGGUCGCAUCGAUCACGGAGCACUUUGCCGCGUGGCCCGAGGACAAGCCUAUCAUCACUGAUGCUCAGGCCACGGAUCUCGCCUCCAUUCUCCUGUUGGCCAACUUGCAUAGCCGAGCGAUUCAUGUCUCGGCCGUAUCUACCGCUGAAGACAUCCAGUUGAUCGCUCUGGCAAAGGGCAAAGGCAUGAGCGUCACUUGUGACGUAUCGGUCUAUGCCCUCUUCUUCUCCCAAGAGGACUUUGCCGUCUCGUGCCUGCCUACAAAGAAGGAUCAAGCGGCUCUCUGGGACAACAUGGCCUCGAUCGACGUCUUCACAGUCGGGUCACUUCCCUAUGAAUUGGCAGUCGCUCUUGAUCAGUCCUACAACGCGGCUUCGGGCGCCGAGGAGGCUCUCCCAUUGCUCUUGACUGCGGUCACGGAUGGUCGGAUGACUCUCGAGGACAUCACGCUUCGGCUCAGCGAGAACCCCAGAUCUAUCUUUGGUAUUUCUGAACAGGCCCAAUCCUACGUUGAAGUCGAAGUGAAUCGUCAUUCGACUUUCCGAUCUGAGGGAUGGUCCCCCCUGAACGGCAAGAACGUGGCCGGUGCUGUGCACCGAGUGGUCGUCAAUGGACAAUCUGUCUUCUUGGACGGUCAGACCUUCUCUACCCCCGUUGGCAGAGACAUCAACGUGUCUGGUCAAAUCAAAUCCCGACCCACUCUCCAGACACAUAGACCAUCGACGACAGCAUUGUCGCCCAACCUCGAGCGCAGCUCGUCUGGAUUCCAAGCCCUCGGCUUCCCGCAACAGCCAAAGGCGAGCAACAAUGCCAACCUCAUGUCUUUGUCGUCCAUGGCUCCUCGAGAUCUAUCGCCUACCAAGACGUUUGCUUCGUUGCCGGUUCAGUCUCACCCUGCAUUCACCAGACGUCACAUUCUCAGCGUUAAGCAAUUCAAUCGAGACGACCUUCACGUCCUCUUCAAUUUGGCGUCAGAGAUGAGAACUCAAGUCGAGCGAACAGGUACAGUCGACACUCUCCGUGGACGAGUUCUCUGCACUUUGUUCUACGAGCCGAGCACUCGAACCUCGACUUCGUUUGAAGCCGCGAUGAAGCGUUGUGGUGGUGAAGUCGUUCAGGUCACUGCUGGAUCCAGCUCAGUCGUCAAGGGAGAAUCUUUGGCUGACACAAUCCGCACGGUCGGAUGUUACGCCGAUGCGAUCGCGCUUCGACAUCCAUCAGUUGGAAGCAGUAAAUCCGCCGCGAAGACUUCGCCCGUGCCGAUUUUGAACGCUGGUGAUGGCGCCGGAGAGCACCCUACUCAGAGUUUGUUGGACGUUUACACGAUCCGGGAGGAGUUGGGAUCGGUCAAUGGCAUCACUAUCACGAUGAUUGGUGACUUGAAAUAUGGUCGAACCGUUCACUCUCUCGUCAAGAUCCUGUCUUCUUACGACGUCACUCUCAACUUUGUCGCUCCUCCGACAUUGGCCAUGCCUGAUUCCGUCAAAUCAGAAGCUACAAAAGCCAACGUCAGAUGGACCGAGCAUCAAACUCUCUCCGACGAGGUCAUCGCCAAGUCGGAUGUUCUAUACGUCACGCGAGUUCAGAAGGAACGAUUCGACAACCUUGCCGAAUAUGAAGCCGUCAAGGACCUGUACAUUAUCAACAAUGACGUCUUGGCGAAAGCGAAGGAAUCGUGCAUUGUCAUGCACCCUCUCCCGAGGAAUAACGAAAUCGACCCAGAAGUCGACUUUGACACGAGGAGAGCGGCAUACUUUAGGCAAAUGAGAUAUGGCUUGUUUGUCCGCAUGGCACUCUUGACCUUGGUGUUGGGUGCUUAAAAAGGGGUCUAGUGGAGUAAACAUCAGUGGUUUUCGUUUCCGUGUCUGCGCAUCUCUCAACAUCAUACCUAGACUAUUUUGGAUUCAGCAGAAUCUCCCGUCUCAUUAUGCAUUUACAACA